AUGAGUAAUGAUGAAGAAGAGGAAUUCGUCUUCAGCGAUAAAUACAGCCCGGAAUUUAUCGCGAAUUUGCGGGAAAAAUUUAAGGAACGCUGUAACAGACAAAAUACAGGAACAAUCGGAUCAACCGAAGAUUCAGUUGGAAUUCUUGGAAAAAUAACGGCCGGACUCCAGUCUGUCUCAGAGACAAUAAAUGAUAUCAAAGAUCAGCAGAAGACUUAUGGUCUUGGAACACUCAAAUUCAGCCUGGCUUAUGAUUUCGCUAGCUCGACGUUUAUAGUGAAAAUCAUGAAAGCAGAUAAACUCCCCGCUAUGGACAUUUCCGGCACCUCCGAUCCUUACGUCAAAGUAUGCCUGCUUCCCGACAAGAAAAACAAGCUGGAAACAAAAGUGAGGAGGAAAACUCUCAACCCUCAGUGGAACGAAACUUUGGUCUUUCAAAAUUACCCCUAUGAAAAGAUUUCCCAGCGAGUCUUGUACCUUCAGAUGAUGGACUGGGAUCGGUUUUCAAGAAAUGAUCCUAUCGGCGAGGUCUUCGUUCAACUGAAUCGAAUUCACCUAUCAUCAGACGCCCAAAUCUUCACCGAGCCCCUCGCUCCCUGCACAGCUACACAAAAACGCGGCCAGCUAUUAAUCUCGCUCAUGUAUGUCCCUCUUGAGGGCCGUCUCGUCCUGGGGAUCAUCAAAGGCUCAAACCUCCGCGCGAUGGAUCUCAACGGCUCAUCUGAUCCUUAUACGAAGAUAUGGCUUCAUCAUCGAGGGCAAAGGAUGGAGAAAAAGAAAACUGCUGUCAAGAAGAACACGCUGAACCCGGAGUUCAAUGAGCAAUUCGAGUUUUAUAUCCCAAUGGAGAAGUUGAAGGACUAUACGCUGGAAGUUAUUGUGAUGGAUAAGGAUAGAAUCGGAAGAAACGAGUGUAUCGGAAAGGUAGGAAUAUGUGGAGGAGCAGAAGUGAUGUAG